GUAAAACAAAUAUACACUCUAAUAUAUUUUUUUCACAAUACGCUUCUAGGUUUCUUGAAUAUUUUGUUAGCAUCCGCAUUUCCUACGCAAUACUAUUCGCUAUAGAAAAUACACUUUUGAUAAAAAUGACUGAACAACAAGAGAAUCAACGAGAGAAAACUCAUGCAGAGAAAGACAGCAAAAAAAUUUAAUUAAAGUAUUCCAAAAAUACAGAAAGAUAAAAGUUACGAAAAAGUUCUUAAAUACUUUCCCGAGCACUUACUGACAAUAAAACUAUUCAAAUACAAUCGUAGCUUUUCAAGAAAGGAAUGGAAGUUGACUGUCUUCUUGAGAAUAAAUGCUUAAAGGAAAUUAGAGAACAAUCGUCAUUAUAUACUUCUAAAUAUAAUGAAUCAACAAUUGCAUUAAAUGGAAGUAAAAAUUUUCAACAAUUGCUAAUAAGCAUGCAUUAUGAACAGACGACAAACAGUGAUGGAAAUAAUGAUCACAAUGAGAGCUUCCUUGAUAACCUAGGCUUACAACAAAUAAAUGCAACAUCCAUUAAUAAUAUAACAGAACAGAGCCCAAGUGAAAUUUAUGAAAUCCAAUUCGCCGAUCUUAUAUUCGUGGUUCUGUUUUGUUUACUUAUUAUCAUAACGAUUAUUGGAAAUACUUUAGUUAUUUUAUCUGUAAUAACAACUCGACGACUUCGGACAGUCACAAAUUGUUUUGUUAUGAGCCUAGCUGUAGCUGAUUGGCUUGUGGGCAUAUUUGUGAUGCCCCCAGCUGUUGCAUAUUAUCUAAUGGGCAGUUGGUACCUUGGAUGGAUAUUAUGCGAUAUUUGGAUUUCUUUAGACGUUCUGUUAUGUACAGCUAGUAUACUAAGUUUAUGUGCAAUAAGCAUUGAUAGAUAUUUGGCUGUAACUCAACCAUUAAAUUACUCAAGAAGAAGACGUUCUAAGAGGCUCGCAAUGCUCAUGAUUUUAGUCGUUUGGAUACUUGCGUUGGCAAUUACGUGUCCACCAAUUUUAGGAUGGUAUGAACCAGGAAGGAAAGCACAAGAAGAAGAAUUGGUGUGUCGUUAUGAUCAAAAUAAAGGAUAUGUUGUGUUCUCAGCAAUGGGUUCCUUCUUUAUUCCAAUGCUUGUGAUGGUUUACGUCUAUUUGAGGAUAUCAUGCGUUGUAGCUAACAGGCACGACGAUAUGGUACAAAUAAAAGUUCAUCAGAACUCAUCACGUACAAGAGAUGUUUGUAUUAAUGACUACGAAUGCGAAUCUGAUAAUGAGAAUCGUGGUUGCUCAUCUUCUCUUCGGCAUGAUAGAUCAGGCGAGCAAGUAGUUACAAUAAAAAUGACUAAUAAUAAGAAAGAUAGUCCUAUUCUGCCAGAUGAAGAUCUCGUUAAGAAUUUUGAACAAUUGGAAAAAGAUCAAUCACGCAAUGGUCAUUAUGAGUUAAUCCAAAUUGGUAAAAUGCCAUCAGAGCCAAUGCUUAAAUAUAAUAAUACUAAUUCUAUAAUGAAGAACCCAGUAUCAAAAGAUUACACUCAUUGGUGUCGCAACGGCGAUAAAAUCAAUGAAUGCAAACAUCAGACACACACAACAUCCUUAACUAAUAUUAAUAGCAACAAUAACAAUUCAGAUAACGCUAUCGGAAAUCAGCAAUUAGGCUCAGCAAACUUUUAUAUCAUGCGCUCGAGAACACAAUCAAAGUCAUUGUCAACACGAAUUUCAUCACUUAAACGUGAGAGCAAAACCACAAGAACUCUAUCAAUCGUAAUGUUCACUUUUAUUGCAUGCUGGCUUCCUUUUUUUAUUCAAUAUUUGCUGAAGCCUUUCUACCCGGAAUUAAAUAUAUCACUCUUAGAGCAACUUAUUACUUGGUUAGGUUGGGUGAAUUCAGCAAUGAAUCCUUUUAUAUAUGCUUUCUACUCAGAAGAUUUUCGAGCAGCAUUUUAUCGUUUAACGCUUCGAAAGUUGUGUAUUUCUGCAAAAAAGAAGCCGUACGCUUAUCCAUUAACAUCACUGACAGCGAGACGUUGAGGACAGCACUAAAAAAGUACAUUCAAAUUAAUAUCAAAAAUCCAAGUUUUGCCAUGUUUGUUGUUUUUUUAUAUGCAACAAUGUGAUAAGAAAACUCAAUAUAUAGUUAACGCAAUCUUAGUCAAAAUAAACACGAAAAGAAAAUUGUUGUGGAAACAUGAUGCAGAAAUGAAAUAAGAAGAAAAUCCAUUAAUAUUUACAUUAAAGACCAUGUCUCAAAAAAAUCUCUAUCGUGAAUCAUGAUAAAUUCUUUCGUUUAAGCUAAAUAUAAUCAUGUUCAUGAAAU